GUGGAAUUGAGAUGAUGAGAGAUUUUUGGUAUUUAUUUUGUAUUGUAAUUCAAAAAUUUAUUUUAAUAACAUUCAGCAUUUAAAUCAGUUGGUUGAUCGAAGAGGUCAUCUCCGCAGGACGCAUCCCUUUAACUGAUGUUUCGAAACGCGCACAUAAAAAUUUUAAAUAAAAAAUCAUCGGGCGUACUUCCUCCGGUGCGUGGGAAACCAACAUCGACCGUUUCAUGGGCGAUUUCGAAAGCUCUUCGGGCGACCGCCAUCAAUAUUUGUUUCCGUAAUUAAAUCCUUUUUCCAUCGAGGGCGGAAGGCGCACCGUUCGGUACCCGCGUAAGCCACCACACUGUAUUGGGUUGCUCGAAAAACCGGCGGAUUUCGUGAAAGUGUCUUGGAAACAUGAAGGAGACACGCUCUCUGAUCGCCGAUGAUUCAUCGAAGAAUUAUGAUCCGAGUGUAAUCGACCACGCUUUUCGAAAACUGAACAGAAAUUAUACGAAUUUUUUAAUAUGGAAAAUCGAGAACAUGACUGUAACGGCAAUACCCAAAGACCAAUAUGGCACAUUUUACACCACAGAUGCCUAUGUAAUAUUCGCAGCCUCAGUUUCCGGGCAACCAUGCAGCACAGACUCAGUCUCGAAGGAAACAAAAAAUACCAUAGAGUACCACGUACACUUUUGGCUAGGCUCCGAGGUCAACCCGGAUAAAUCCGGCGUAGCGGCCUACAAAACCAUGGAAUUGGAUAAUUUCCUGAACGGGCACACCACCCAGCACAGGGAAACUGAAGGAUUCGAAAGCGCCAGGUUCUUGAGCUACUUCAAAAACGGAAUAAAAAUUCUCAAACCGGAGUUAAUAAACAAUUGUCAAACCGUGAAAUUGUAUAGAGUAAGAGGCAAACAAACGCCUAUUGUUAAAGAAAUGCCGAAAAUUACUUGGGAAUACUUUAACAGUUCGGACGUGUUUCUGGUCAGAACAAUGAAGACCAUUUUCGUGUGGUCGGGAAGGGCUUCGGAUGCCGUCGAAAAAUUACACGCCGCCACUAUUGCCAAAGAGAUGAAAGACAAGCAAAAGGUCCCAAAUUUAACGUUCGUCGAUGAUGGUUACGAGAAAACUUUGUCCGACGAUUCAAAAAAGGAAUUCAACAACUAUUUACCGCUAGAGAAGAGGAACAUUUUACCCGAUGAACAGGAGAACGGGUUAAAUGGCCACCGCCAAAAAUCCUCGACUAAAUUAUACAGAUGUUCAGAGAAAAACGGUAAAUACAGGGUGACCGAGCUGAAAACGGGUCCUUUUAGUCAACAGGACUUAAAUCAGGAGGAUGUUUACAUUGUGGAUCAAGAAUGCGAAGGAAUAUGGGUAUGGGUGGGCAGAAAAGUGAACGAAAAAGAGCGCUGCGAAGCCUUACGAAACGCCAGGGGCUUCGUAAAGAAGAAAAAAUACCCCUCUUACACCAAAGUAACCAGAGCAGUCGACGGGCACGAACCGCAGGAAUUCAGGAUGCUAUUCGCAGACUGGAAAUCCGAUCACAAAGGUCCCAAACCUACUAUAUUAGUGUCGAAAUACGACGCCUUAUCCAUGGAGGAACGACCUGGUUUAGCAGCAGAGACCCAACUCAUCGACGAUGGCACGGGAAGCAUGACGAUCUGGAGGGUGGACGCCGCCAAUGAGCUGGUGGAGAUCCCGCAGGAGCGACACGGGUACUUCUUCUCGGGGGAUUGUUACGUGAUUUUUUACACUUACCACACCGUUACCGAGCAAAGGCAUUUGUUGUAUUCUUGGUUGGGUUCUAAUGCUUCUCAACAAGAAAUAACCAUCACCGCGUCCAAACUGGUCGAAAUCGACGAGGAAUUAGGCCAAACUGGUUUCCAAGCCCGGCUCAUCCAAGGCAAGGAAACUGCCCACUUUCUGCAACUCUUCAAAGGAAAAUUCACCGUUUUCAAAGGACGCGGCGUCGAAUACGACGAAACCGGUAAAAACAUGAAAAAUCCCUCUCACUAUCUCCUGCAAGUGUUCGGUUCGACCACUUACAGUUCCAAAGCGAUGCAGGUCAGCGUGAAGGCGUCUUCGUUCGAUUCGAAUUACUGCUUCGUGUUGAGGCGAUCUAAAAAGUACUACAUUUGGUCUGGGACGUACUCCACCGGGGACCAGCGGGAGAUGGCCAAAAAUUUCGCUGGAAAGGACUUCGAGCUCAUUUUAGAAGGAAAAGAAAGAGAAGAUUUUUUUAACCUAUUAGGUGGUAAAAUGUUGUACUCAACGAAAAUUGUUAAGCACGAAUUCGACCCGAAACCUCCCAGGCUUUUCAGGUGUUAUUCCUUACACGGGCAAUUUAAAGCCGAUGAAAUCAGAUUCUUCAGCCAAAAAGACCUGGUGCCCGAGCACGUGAUGUUCCUCGACGCCUACGACACAGUCUACAUUUGGAUAGGGCGCUUGUGCACCAGAGAAGAGAAGCGAUUAAGCGCUCAAAGAGCUAUCGAAUAUUUAGAAUCAGAUCCAGCUGAUAGAGAUAUGGAUACAGCGCUCAUUCACAUCCAGCAGGAAAAGGAACCGCCGACGUUCACGGGAUUCUUCCCGCAUUGGGACAAGAAAUUCUGGAAGCAGUACAAGACGUUUUCGAAGGUUCGUUUGGAAUUCGAAACGAAAACCUGCUCACACGGCGUUAACGGAUCCACGAAUGGAUUUUCCCAGCACCAAGAAGGCGCAGAGGACAGCGAAUUCGAUCAGUUCGAAAAAUAUCCUCUCAGCGUUUUGAAGGAACCUAACGAGAAGUUACCGGCUAGAGUCGACGCUUUUAAUAAGGAAUUGCACCUCACGCACGAUGAUUUUGUAUCAACGUUUAAAAUGGUUUACAAGGAUUUUGAGAAGUUGCCAAAAUGGAAGCAGCAGGAGAUGAAGAAGAGAGCUGGGCUUUUCUAGCCGAAACAUUCCACUAAUUUAUUAUAGAUUUUAUUUUAUUGUAGAAAGUUGAUAGUUCUAAUUUUUAUAAACACACUUCUUAUUUUUAUAACGAGUUUUGUCGAAUGCACCUAUAGACUUUAAGUAUGACUUGUAAAGAUUUAACUCGAAACAAAGUUUAAAAAAGAAGAAAACUAUGUAAUUUGAAACAAGUUAAUAAAACCCG